GAAGAGGAGGAGCAGGAGCCGGAAAAGGAGGAGAAGCUGAAAGACGAGGAGGAGGGGUUGUUCGUUUUUGUUCUUGCCUCGAGUUGAUGUAGCAGGGCCGGGAGGCCAGCUUCUGUAGCUGUCUGAUCUGCAAAGGAGAAGAAGAACAAGCAGCAGAAAGCGGGAGAGGAAGAAGAGGAGGAAAUUCGCGUGCCCACCGCGCCGUGUCCGCAGCCCUCCGGGCCCCAGAGCGUCUGCCCCGCCGCGUCCUGCCGGAUUCGUCAUUCCUAAGGAUUGGCUGAAUGGAGGAGGAGGCUGCAAGGAAGAGGAAGAUGCUCCAGGACAGCCAGGCAGGCACUGAGCUGAAGGUAGAGAUCAAGGAGGAGAAAUCCCCCUGGCAGAGCAUUGCGGAAGAGGCUGUUUUGAGCACCUCCACAGCACAGGAAGCCAAUGGGGAAGAGAAGCCCCAGAGAUCCCACACAAGGAGGGGCUGCAAGCCCAGCCCAGGGUGCUCCAAGGAGGAAAGAGACCCCCUGUGCCAGGAAGGUGGCCAGAGCUUCAGCCAGAGCUCAGAGCUGGUGAAGAAGCCUGACAUGGGGGAGAAGCUGCACAAAUGCUUGGAGUGUGGGAAGAGCUUCGGCCGGAGCUUCCACCUCCUCCGGCACCAGAUGAUCCACACAGGGGAACGCCCCUAUGAAUGCUUGGAAUGUGGGAAGAGCUUCGGCCGGAGCUCCUGUCUGAUCCGCCAUCGGGUAAUUCACACAGGGGAACGGCCCUACAACUGCAGGGAAUGUGGGAAAAGCUUCAGUGACCGCUCCAACCUCCUCACCCACCAGCGCCUGCACUCCAAGGUACGGCCCUUUGAGUGUUGGGAGUGUGGGAAGAGCUUCAGCACCAGGUCUGACCUGAUCCAGCACGAGAAGAUCCACAGUGGACAACGGCUCUAUGAGUGUCCUGAGUGUGCAAAGAGAUUUCGGACCAGCUCCCAUCUCCUCCUGCAUCAGCGCAUUCACACAGACGAGAGGCCCUUCCGCUGCCCCGACUGCGGGAAGGGCUUCAAACGCAACUCCCACCUCACCCUGCACCGGCGCACCCACACCGGGGAGAGGCCCUACGAGUGUGGGGAGUGUGGGAAGAGCUUCUCCAGCAGCUCUGGCUUGACUCAACACCAACGGACACACCAGUGCACUGAGCUGCAGGCAGACACCAGGGUGGAGGAAUCCCCCUGGCAGAGCAUUGUGGAAGAGGCCAUUUUGAGCACCUCCAUAGUGCAGGAGUCCAACGGGGAGGAAAAACCCCAGAGAUACCCCAUGAGGAAGGGCUCCAAAUCCAGCCCAGGGUGCUCCAAGGAGGAAAAAACCACCCUGUGCCAGGAACACAGCUGGAGCUUCAGCCAGAACUCACACCUGGUGGUCUACAAGCAGCAUCAUAUUGGUGAAAGCACUACAGGUGCUUGGAAUGUGGGAAAGAGCUUCAGCCAGAGAUCCCAUCUGAUCUGCCACCAGAAGAUCCACACCUGGGAACAGCCACACAAGUGCCUGAAAUGUGGGAAGGACUUCAGUGAUGACUCCAACCUCAUCAUCCACUGGAGCCUGCACACUGGAGAGCAGCCCUACAAGUGCAGGGAACGUAGGAAGAGCUUCAGCCAGAGUUCCAACCUCCUCCUCUCCCACCAGCUUGUCCACACUGGGGAUCGGCCUUACCAGUGCCCCAGCUGCAGAAAGAGAUUCAGCUUCAGAUCCCACCUGAUCUACCACCAGAAGAUCCACAGUGAGGAACAGCCCCACGAGUGUCCUGAGUGUGGGAAGAGUUUUCGGAGGCGCUCCCAUCUGGUCAUGCAUGAUCAAACACACACAGAGGAGAGGCCCUUCCGCAGCCCUGACUUUGGGAAGGGCUUCAAGCACAACUCCACUCUCAUCACCCACUGGCACACCAGGGAGAGGCCCUACGAGUGUCCUGAGUGUGGGAAGAGCUUCUCCUACAGCUCUACCUUGAUUUCACCCCAAUGGACCCAUGAGGUCAUCUUGACACCAGAGACCCCAUCAACCCACCAUGAGAUAAUUCACAUGGGAGAGCAGCCCUACAGGUGUAGGGAAUGUGUGAAGAGCUUCAGUGACCACUCUAACCUCACCAGCCACCAGCGCCUGCCCUCCAGGGAAUGGCUCUGCCAGUGUGGGGAGUGCGGGAGGAGCUGCAGCCAGAGCUCCCACCUGAUUCACCACCAGAAUAUCCACACUGGCCAGCAGGGUCCUGACUGUGGGAAAAGCUUCACCCAGAGCUCUGCCUUGACCUUACACCAAUGGAUUCACUCUGGAGAGAGGCCACACAAGUGCUUGGAAUGUGGGAAGGGUUUCAAGUACAGCUCCCAUCUGAGGCAGCACCAGGUGAUCCACACAGGGGAAAGGCCCUACAAGUGUGGGGAAUGUGGGAAGGGCUUCAGCAAGAGCUGCAACCUCAUCAGCCACAGCAAGAUCCACACUGGGGAACGGCCCCACACCUGCCAGGAAUGUGGGAAGAGCUUCGUGCGGAGCUCCAGCCUGAAGGAACACCAGAUGCUGCACGCUGGGGAGAGGCCCUUCGAGUGUCCUCAGUGUGGGAAGAGGUUUCUGAGGCCAUCCCGUCUCCUCCUGCAUCAGCGCAUUCACAGGGAGGAGAAGCCCUUCUGCUGCCCCGACUGUGGGAAGGGCUUCAAGCGCAGCUGCAUCCUCCUGAACGGGCGCCUCCGCACUGGGAAGAAGCCCUGGGAGUGCCCCAAGUGUGGGAAGAGCUUUGUGCGCUGCUCCAGCUCCACUCCCCAUGGAGCAUCCACGUUGGAUGAUCCCCAGUGACCCCAUUUGGGCAGAGCCCUAGUGAUCCAUGAUCCUGAUUAUCCCUGUUGGGUGGAGGGAAGGUGUUGGAGAUUUCUUUCCCUUCUCCU